UAAUAGUUCCGUCGGUAAUUCUAAUGGUAAUUCCAAUGGUACUACAAGUAACAACAACGCCGGUGGUAGUGCGGGAGGACCGAGGCAGUAUCCAUUGCAUACGCAAAGGGCUGAUUCGGUUAUGUUGUGGUUAAGAGCUAUUAUCUUAAGACCGACAAAUUUAUCCUAA